GCAAUUUCUCAUAGUGUAAAUCAAACAAUUUAGCUUAAUUUUUAGGAAAAUUAUAAAGGAAAAAAUUUCCCGUCAAAUAUAAAUUUCCAUGAAAAGUUAAUUCCCAUGUGAGCUAAAAAAGCACUAUGUUAGUGAAAAUUUAUGGUUAAAAUUUUCAAAGUUUGACCCAUGUAUAUAGUGGGACAGUCUACGAGGUACGGAUAGAGUAAUAAUAAUAUACCAGGAAAAAAAAGAGAGAUAUUGUGACAGAAGACCCAUAUUUUCCUCCAUUACUCCCUCUCUCUCUAAAAUCCUCUUUCUCUCUCUAACUUGUUCAUAAUUUUAUUUUAUUUCUCAUUUUCUUGAUUUGAGAAUAUUUCUUGUAAACAACAUUGCAUGCAUAAUCAAAUUCCUGAUCAAUGGCAAUGAGAGAGUACAGAAAAGGGAAUUGGACAGUUGAAGAGACUAUGAUUUUAAUUGAAGCAAAGAAGAAAGAUUAUGAAAGAAGGAAGUUUAGUAGAUCAAAACAAACACAUCAAAUUUCAACUCCUCCUACUAGUGGUGGUAGCAGUACUAGUAAGCCAAUCAUAGAGUUAAGGUGGAAAUGGGUUGAAGAGUAUUGUUGGGGAAAAGGCUGUUUUAGGAGCCAAAAUCAGUGCAAUGAUAAAUGGGAUAAUCUUAUGAGAGACUACAAGAAAGUUAGAGACUACCAAAAGAACCUUUCUGAAACCGAAACCGGAACCGGAACCGAACCCGAAACCGAGGGAGGAAGUGGUAGUAGUAGUACUCUCAAUAAGUCUUAUUGGAGUAUGGAUAAGGUUGAAAGGAAAGACAAGGGUCUGCCUACUAAUAUGUUGCCUCAGAUUUAUCAAGCUUUGUUUGACGUUGUUGAGACUAGUACUAGUACUAGUUCUACUCCGACUCCGACUCCGAGUUCUGCUACUACUGCUGGUCAUUUUUUGUUGCCAUCUCCGGUUCUUGAAAUGCAGCAAACUCCGUCAUCGGUGCCGGCAUUACAGUUGUCUCCGCCUCAAUCUAUGCUACCUUCUCCUCGCCUGCCGCCGCUAUUGCAGUCUCCUCCUUCCUCGGCUUUCUUCUCUCCUCAACAACAGCCGCAUCAUCCAUCUCCUACACUAGAAAUUGAAACAAGCCAGUAUUCACAUGAUCCGGAAUCAUCACCGGCCAAGAGAAGAAGAAAAGAAGAAGCCAUUGCUGCUGCUACUCAUACAGCAGCCGCCGAAGCGGCCGCAGCAAAGGCAACAACAACAACACUAGAAGAAGUAAGCACAGCAAUAAGUAGGAGUGCAACAAUGAUAACAGAAGCAAUUCAGGCAAGUGAAGAAAGAGAAGAGAAAAGACACAGGGAAAUGAUGAACAUACAAGAAUCAAGAUUAAGGAUUGAAGAAUCAGAAUUAGAGAUGAAUAGACAAGGUUUUAAUGGUUUAACUGAAGCAAUUAAUAGGCUUGCUACCUCCAUUUUUACUUGGGCUAAUUCCCACAAAAAUCAACAGGGUCCUUCCUAAUUAUUUCUUAAUUUUAUAAUUAAGUCCCUUCAUUGAUUAAUUUUAAAUUAAUUAUUUUGGUCUUUUAUGAACAUAUAUUUUUUAAAAGGUAAAUUAUUGGCUCCUAAACCUUCUCUUGUUGUAUUAAGAACCAUAUUGUGGAUUCACAUACACUUGUCAAAUAUUGGUUCAAAAAAAUGAAAAACUCAUGUGAAUUGUGGAAUUUUAGCUAGGGGGAAUUAUGAUACAGAGUAGUUAAAAAAAACAGAUUUUUUUUAUUUUUAUUUUUAUUUUUAUUUUUUUUUAAUGCAAGUUAAUUGGUCUUUCAUCUUAUCUUUGCCAUUGACUGGAAAUGGUUUGGAAAAAGGCUGCAAUUUCAGUUAAUGGUACUUGAAUGAACUACAUUAUUUUUUUUGGUAUUAUUGUAAUUUUAAUGUACUUGUAUGAUAUUACCCUGGAUAAGCUCCAGGUAAGAGCCAUUUCCUGCUGCCUUCUUUUCUCUAUCCUUGUUUCAUGUACUCCAAUGGUUUAUUUUAAGUGUUUUAUAUUGACAUGGCACAUACACUAAUGUAAAAUUUUGACUAAAA